UUUGGGGAGAAACAGAACACCUGUCCUUACAAGACAAUAUCAGUCGGGCCUGAUGUGACUUCUGCGUGUGUACAUGAAGAAGCGCCUUAUUUCGCUGUUGGGACUGUUAACAACCACGUCAAAGUGUUUAACGUGAUCACGGGAGAGGUCUGGCAACACGUCAAAAUGUAUGAAAACUUCUUGCGAAUUAAGUCGACUGCUGCGAGUUUUGUGACGUUCCCAAGCUAUGAUUUUGGGUUGGCGGUUGUUGCUGGGAAUUCGGUUGUUAUGUACUCUUUGAAUUGA